AUGUUUAGGAUUUUCUCCAUCAUCGCCACGGUCUUCACGCUGGUGUCGGCCGUGCAAUCCCACGCGCUCUUAGUGCCUCUAUACAGUCGGCCCGAUACAAUAGAUUGGAAGCCAGUCCACGACUCACUAGAAGCGCAUCCAAAGACGACAUUCUAUCUUAUCGUCAACCCACAAAACGGACCGGGAUCCACAGCGUUCCCCGAUCAAGUCUUGAUCACAGCCUUCGCAAAGCUAAACAGCUACGGCAAUGCUAAGCUCCUAGGCUAUAUCUCGACACAAUAUGGGAACAGGGCCAUUACAGAUGUUGAGCGCGAGGUCGGCGUCUACUCCAACUGGGCCUCGUACAAGGGCAAAAACAUCGCCCUCGACGGAGUCUUCUUCAACGAAGGAUCAGAUGGGGGAGACACUUUCAAGCUCGCGUACUACCAACAGCUCUCAAAGGCUGCCAAAGGUAGCAAAUUGAACACUGUCAUUUUCAACCCAGGUACUAAACUCGUGGCUAAUAUCCCCAAGUGGUUUGCCGCUGCGGAUUUUAUCGUCGAGUAUGAGAACACUUGGGGCAGAUGGGUUUCCCUCCCUCCUAUUCAGCAUUUCUCCGACAUUAAGUACUAUCAUCACGUUGGUAUGAUGGUGAGGGGCACCCCUGGGGAUGCUAGCCUUACUGAUGUUGUUCAUUUGGCUGUUAGUAUGGGUCUUGGGGCUAUAUAUGUUACCUUUGACGACAAGUACGACACUAUUCUAUCUAUGCUUUCCGUUGUGAAAGAUGCUAUGGUUGUGAAUUCUCCCCUUCCACGGGAUAUAAUCCCCAAGGGAGAGGUGUACCGUAUGCGCUAG